GCGCAUUAACAUGUUCAUUGGGCGGUGCCACUGCUACGGACUCUUCUUGUCGGGUUCGGAUUCACUAUAGUCCUGUCGUCCAUCGCCAAAUACAUGAUCGACACCUUCACUAUCUACGCCUCUUCUACCGUGUCCGCAAUCACCGCCUCGCGUUCCAUCUUCGCCGCGACAUUCCCGCUCUUUUCCUGCACAUGCACGACACUGUGGACUAGGGCUAGGGUAAUAGUCUGCUCGGUUUCGGCGCCGUGGCGGGCUGCGGCAUUCCACCGGUCUUCUGGUUUUACAGCGAAGGACUGCGCACGAAUCUCCAGUUUCAGGCCAAGCGCUGGAGGUUAACGUGGUGUUGCAUAACGAGAUUAAUACCCGCUAUAUGCGGCGCUAUCGUGACAGUCUGCUGUCAAGGGCAGGGUGGGGUUGUUAGUUGUUAAGGCUGAGGAUAGCUCUGUAGAUGAAAACAAGAUCGGGGGCGAGAAUCAGGACGAUAACAGUGUAGCCUUUACCGUGGAAGUAUGGGGCAUUUUAUUGAGGGAAAAGCUGUCCUUGGGGUGUAGUGCUGGUUGUAACGAAACCUCUAAUAGUCUAGCUGCGUAAACCACUAAAGAGUCUGUAAGGGUUU